CGCGCACGUACGUGCAAUCAUAAACAAUCCGCAGCUAUGCGCCUAGCGUGCUGCAUAUGUUUUCCAGUUAGUUGGUAUCAGCAGAUGUCAGUUGGUGCUUAGUAGGUGUCAGAUAGUGCAUGUGCGAGGAUGUCGGCGAAUGAGAACGAGCUUAAUACGAUGACGACGACGGCCACAUCGUCAGCAGUGGCCAUGGAGACGACCGCUACAACGGUUACGACGACCGCCACAACGGUCACGACGACCACUACAGCCACGACGGCCACGAUGGCGGUGUCGGAAAAAAUGACCGGGGCGACAUCGACGAUGGCAGCGAUGACCACGACGGCGACCGAGCCAAUAACGUUAACAGUAAGUAUAAAAAUCUACGAGGGCAGUCUGAAAAGUUCUCGGCGUUUCGCAAGAAAACAUUAA